UCUCUAAACCCACCCAGAAGAAGAUAAUGUAAGCACGAAAGUGCGUUUCCCACACGCGUUCCCACAGGCGCAGCACCACCACCACCAUCAUCAUCAUCAUCGCGGUGUGAGUGUGCUUCUUGGUUUUCAACUCCUGCAUGAUAUUUGUAAAAUGGGGUUGUGACAAUUCAUCCACGCCCAUAUGUUCAGCAUCUCUUGGAAGCAGAGAAGCCAUUAUAUAUACGCUCAAGAGAAGAAGAGGGAGAAGGAAGAAGAAGAAGAAGAGAGUCGGGACGAUGCCGUGUGUGUACAUCUCCACCAACGUGUGCCUUGACGGGCUUGACCUCGACCCUAUCUUCGCCGAUGCCACUAAAGCCGUCGCCGCCCUCAUUGGCAGACCAGAGAACUUUGUGAUGGUGAUCCUGAAGGGGUCCUUGGCAAUCUCAUUUGGGGGCAACAAAGAGCCAGCUGCUUACACAGAGAUAGUGGCGAUGGGAGGCAUCAACACACCAGUGAAGAGGAAGCUGAUUGCCACAUUGGGCGACAUCCUUCACAAGAGGCUCUCGAUUCCGCCCGCCCGGUUCUUCCUCAAGGUCUUCGACACCACCGCGCACGCCAUCCCCAAAUUGUAACCUUCAUAAGUACGGUUUGUACUGAUUAAUGCUCAAGGCAUUGAUUUCUUUUCUAUUUCCUAUGUUGUACGGUGCGUGCGUUUCUCGAAAUGGAGCUAAUCAAUGGGGUUUUCGACUGGUUUGGGA